AUGUUGCAACGAACUGUCAAGCGUCAGUUCAGCCUUACCAACAGACAAUUGGCAGACUUCUCACAUGUUGUCAUUGGAGGAGGUGUUGUAGGUACGGCAAUCGCCGCCGAACUCCAGAAAGUACCGGGGAAUAAUGUUACGCUCCUCGAGCAACACGAGAUGCUAGGCAUGGAGACGACCAGUCGAAACUCAGAAGUUAUUCACGCUGGAUUGUAUUACCCGAAAGACUCACUCAAGGCAAAGUUUUGUAUCCGAGGAAAAAACUUAAUUUAUGAUAAGCUCGAUGCUGCACUUGUGCCAUAUAAACAGUGUGGGAAGUGGGUUGUGGCUCAGAACGAGAAGGAACAACAGUACAUCGAAGGGCUUCAAAAGAACGCUGAUAGUUUGGGCGUUCCAGUAUCGCUUGUCUCUGCCAAUCAAGCUAAAAGGCAAUUUCCAUUGAUAAGGGCCGAGGCAGGUGCCCUUGAGUCUCCAACUACUGGAAUCAUCCUGGCUCACGAUUUGACCUUGUUCUUCCAGGCAGAGUUUGAAAACAAUGACGGAACAGUAGCCAUCAACACAAAGGUGGACGAUGUCGAAUACGAAGCAUCAAUACCUCAGUACAGAAUAGCUUGCACGGAGCAGGGCUCCGGGGAGCAAUUUGAAAUCACUUCCGAUAACAUUGUGAACUCAGCAGGCCUUUUUGCACAAGAAGUCGCCAACAUGGUGCUACCAAAAGAACGUCACUUCAAGAGCUACUUCGCCAAGGGAAGCUACUACGCUUACGCACCAGAAACUCCACUUCCCACAAGUAAAAUCACUUCCAAGCUCAUUUACCCAUGUCCCAAUCCCAAUGCGUCGAGUUUGGGCACUCACUUGACAUUCGACUUGGGCGGGCAGUUGCGCUUUGGACCGGACUUGGAAUGGGUUGACUGCAACAGCGCUCUGGAGUUAAAUUACGACGUUUCUGCGAACAGAAUCGAAGAAGCCGCCAAAUCCAUCGCAACCUACUUUCCGAGCAUAACUCCAGAUCAGUUGCAGCCAUCGUACUCAGGCGUACGGCCAAAGCUCUUGUCGCAGGAGGAAAACCGUCAAAGGUUUGCGGAUUACUACAUCAAGGAGGAUGGGUUCAAAGGGUUUGUGAACCUUAUAGGUAUAGAAAGUCCCGGCCUCACCUCAUCAUGGGCAAUCGCGGAGCACGUAGCGAGCCUAUACCAUCCAUAG